ACGGUCCCUUCUCUCCUUAGAAGUUUUCCCAGAGAUAACUUCACCAAGAUGUCCAGUGAUAGGCAAAGGUCGGAUGAUGAGAGUCCCAGCACCAGCAGUGGCAGUUCAGAUGCUGACCAGCGAGACCCUGCAGCUCCAGAGCCAGAGGAACAGGAAGAGAGAAAACCUUCUGCCACCCAGCAGAAGAAAAACACCAAACUUUCUAGCAAAACGACUGCUAAGUUAUCCACUAGUGCUAAAAGAAUUCAGAAGGAGCUAGCUGAAAUAACCCUUGAUCCUCCUCCCAACUGCAGUGCUGGCCCUAAAGGAGAUAACAUUUAUGAAUGGAGGUCAACUAUACUUGGUCCACCAGGUUCUGUAUAUGAAGGUGGUGUUUUUUUUCUGGAUAUCACAUUUUCUUCAGAUUAUCCAUUUAAACCACCAAAGGUUACCUUUCGAACCAGAAUCUAUCACUGCAACAUCAACAGUCAGGGAGUCAUCUGCCUGGAUAUUCUAAAAGACAACUGGAGUCCUGCUUUGACUAUUUCAAAGGUUUUGCUCUCAAUUUGUUCCCUUUUGACAGACUGCAACCCUGCGGAUCCUCUGGUUGGAAGCAUAGCAACUCAGUAUUUGACCAACAGAGCAGAACAUGACAGGAUAGCCAGACAGUGGACCAAGAGAUACGCAACAUAAUUCUCAUGAUUUGUAUGCAGUGUGAAGAAGCAGAAGGCCUCUUCCCACUGUGCUGCGGAUCUUUAUAGCCUUUACAAUACGGACUUCUGUGUAUAUGUUAUACUGAUUCUACUCUCUGCCUUUAUCCUUUGGAGACUGGGAGAUUCCCCCAAAAGGUAAAUGCUAUCAAGAGUAGAACUUUGUAGCUGUAGAAUAGUUAUGUUUAAAAUGCCUACUUGCAAGUCUUGCUUCUUUGGGAUAUCAAAAUGUAUUUUGUGAUGUACUAAGGAUACUGGUCCUGAAGUCUACCAAAUAUUAUAGUGCAUUUUAGCCUAAUUCAUUAUCUGUAUGAAGUUAUAAAAGUAGCUGUAGAUGACUAGGAAUUAUGUCAUUUGUAUUAAGCCCAGAUCUUUUUCUGAGUAUGUGGUUCAUGCUGUUGUGAAAAUGUUUUACCUUUUACCUUUGUCAGUUUGUAAUGAGAGGAUUUCCUUUUACCCUUUGUAGCUCAGAGAGCACUGAUGUAUCAUCUCAAACACAAUAAACAUGCUCCUGAAGGCAUA